AUUUUUUUGUAUUUGUUAACAGUUGAAGCUUUAGUUUAUUGGAGAGAUCCUAUAUCAUCAGGCAUUGUUUUUGGUGCCACAUUAGUUGUAUUGCUGUCGUUUGCGUAUAUGUCACUAAUUAGCGUAGUCGCUUAUCUGGCCAUGUUCAUUCAAUCUGGAUGCAUUCUUUUACGUCUGUACAAAACCGCUUUACAGACAGUCAAUAAAACUAAUGAAAGUCAUCCAUUCCAAGAAUAUCUUGACUUGGAUAUCAGGCUACCWCAGGAAAAAGCCGAAGAAGUGAGCAAAUUAGCUGUUGUACAUAUUAAUGCUGUAUUGGUUGAACUUCGUCGCUUGUUACUUGCUGAAGACUUGGUCGACUCGGCCAAAUUCUUUGGUAUUCUCUGGGUGUUGACAUAUGUUGGUGCCUUGUUCAAUGGCCUUACACUCAUAAUUAUUGGAUUUGUUGCUCUGUUCACAUUACCCAAAGUUUAUGAGAACAAUAAGACUCAAAUCGAUCAAAAUAUUGAAGUGGUUAGAAGCAAAAUUGCUGAAUUGACUAACAAAGUCCGAGCUGCUAUUCCAAUCGGAAAAAAGAAUCCAGAGACAAAAAAGAAGGAAUAAACUCCCUUAUUUUUUAUGUAAAAGUCCAUCAAGAUUCUUGUGGUCGAUUAUUACA